CUCUCCAGUGGAACAUUCUCUACAUAAAGUAACUACAAUGACUGGUCGUGGAAAGGGAGGAAAAGGAUUGGGAAAAGGAGGAGCCAAGCGCCAUCGAAAAGUUCUUCGUGACAACAUCCAAGGCAUUACUAAACCAGCUAUUCGUCGUUUGGCUCGCCGAGGAGGUGUUAAACGUAUUUCGGGAUUGAUUUAUGAAGAGACUCGUGGUGUUCUCAAGGUCUUUCUGGAGAAUGUCAUCCGUGAUGCUGUUACCUAUACUGAACACGCCAAGAGGAAGACUGUCACAGCUAUGGAUGUCGUCUACGCACUGAAACGUCAAGGACGCACUCUUUACGGAUUUGGAGGUUAAAAUUUAUGCAGUCUAUCUACAUCGGCCCUUUUCAGGGCCACAAUAUGUUUUUGGCGAAGAUUAUUCGAUUUCUCCUAUUCCUUAAAUAUCCCGAUCCUCAUUUUAGUCGCAUGAAAUUUCAAUUCUAUUCAUACAAUUAUUAAAUAAAAUUAUUCAUAACGGGAUAUUGAAUUGCGAAAUGAGAAAACGAACAGUCAAAUUAAUUUAUGGAUAUAAUGAUUCGGUUAUUUUAGCAUGCAUUUUUGAUAUUUCUUUUCAUUAAGUACCAAGACCGAAAU